AUGGACCGCGGCAAAGGUCGAGUAAGCAAAGGGAUGGGUGUUUUGUCGGCGAUGCGUUUUGUUGCGUGGAAGCUUGAGUUGAAGUGUUUGCGGCAAUCGCUUGAUUGCUCGUUGGUUCGGGUUUGGUCAUCCCGGGACAAGUGGCAGAAAGGCCACACGCGUGAAGCCAUCCCGCUUUCCCUUCAGAUGGUCAAGAAUCUGGAGAAAGCUUGCUCUUCUGCCGCAGAGGAUGACCUAUGGCUAAUUUUAUGUUUUCUUCUCAUGAUCUUUGGUAGUUUGCGUUGGAGUGAUGCUCAACGGAUUGACCUGGCAUCUGUGGUGUGUGACAAAGACUGCUUGUAUGGAUGGUCGUGGCGCUGCAAACAGGAUGCUGGAGGAAUGCCCUGGGGAGUUGUUUGCGAAGGUGUCUGUGGUAGCAACUGGGGGCAUGCGUUCUUUCAUGAGCUUUCGCGUUUGCGAUCUUCAUCUCCAUCCAGGGAUUUCUUGAUUGGUAGAUCUGGAAGUCCUAUUGGCUAUUCAACUGCUCUUGCUCACUUCAGGCGGUGUUUGGUCAAGUAUUGCGGUCUCACCCUGGCUGCGGCUGCCGAGUAUACUAUGCACUCCAUGAAAUGUACAUUCUUGACCUGGGCUCAGCAGGUUGGAGUGGGUUCUCGCGAUUGCAGUGCCUACUGCUUGCUGAGCGCUCAUGUUGAGAAUCGCUGCGAAGAGUCUCUGUUCACCCCAGAUGAGGUCGAGGUGUUGCGCAGUGAGGUUUUGUCAUUUCUUUCCAGCAAGGGUUUUGCCUGCGACGACAGCAUUGUGGACAACCAGCCCUUUCUGUUAAGUGUUUGGCAAGCGCUGUGUACCUUGACGUCUGAUCAGGAUGUCGAACUUCCUAGACUUCUGCUGGAAGGCGUUUCCACUGGGAUUGUGCAACCAAUCCCUCCUUCAGGUGUAUGGGAAGAGGUCGCGGAACCUGUCGCCGUUGAGCAGGAUUUGCGGGUGCAUCUGGAGCCGUGGCGCAGUGCUUCCGAUAAUUUGGCUUUGGCAAAAAAGCUUGUCAUGGAUGAUGUUGCCGCCGGCCACGCGUUUGUUCUUCCUGGAGGGGAAGCAGAAGCUCGUGCGAGAUGGGGAGAUCGUAUUGCUGCUGGCAAAUUUGGUGUAGUUCAGGUGCCUGGCAAGAACCCGCGACUUAUUGGGGACGGGUCCGUCAGUGGUGCCAACGCGGCUAGCCAAGUCCUUGAGAAGGUACGAAAUCCUUCGUUGCACGCCGUGCAACGAUUCUUGUCUUGCGUUGACCGUGCUAUGAGCUGGUGCCUCUGCAGUUUUGACGUGAAGGGAGCGCACAAGUUGGUGCUUGCGAGAGAGUAUGAGCAGGGGUACUCUUGUUUUGUGCUGGAUGGUGUUUG